CUGCCAUAUACAGCACAGAGGAAAAUUUUUAUGACCUACAUAAGUGGAGGAUACCAAGAUUCACACCCAGAAAGAAAUGCAUUAUUUGAAAAGGCAUAUCCAGAUUUAUAUGUUUACUUUAAGGAGAGAGGGUUUGACUUCCGCAUGUUUGAUCUGAGAUGGGGCCUUAGUGAAGGGAUCAGCAAUUACCAUAUUAUGCCUUCUCUUCAUCUGAAAACUCUUAGAAAAUGCCAAGAAGAAGGGCAGACUGCAUUUUUUUGUUUUUUAGGACAGAAAUUCGACCAGAUUACUCUUCUGGAUACUGUAAAUAAAGAAACAUUUGAGGCCAUUAAAUGCUCAGUGGAAUUGAUGAAGAAAAGAACAAGCAUACAAAAGCAAACUGAUCCUGGUGUCAUGGGGCCAAGGGAUGGCGAUUCCGGCCUUUACACGAAUGGAGAUAACCAGAGUAAGACCGAGGCCCACCAGAAUACAAUUGAUCAAGAUAAACUAAUCCUAAACCAUGUCGCUAAUGGAACUGAGGAAAAAAACAUUUUUGAGCCCAUUUCAAAGAAAUCCUCUCUGAAGUAUGACAAAGAUUUACAAUUGCUUACCAAGUGGUAUAGAUUGGAUGAAAACUGCAAUCCUAUGGUGUACAGGCUCCAACCAAUCAGCACUUUCCAUGCAGAUAUAUUUAGCAAAGACCCAUCACGCAGGCAACAAGCUAAAAGUAAAUGGUUAAGCACACAGCAAACGCUGUAUGAGAUAUUCCAAGAGUAUAUACCUCUGUCUUUUGGGAAAGAUGCAGCUGCCACCCUUCUUAAAACAGUACUGGAACAGGAAAUAGACCAAGCCUUCUGCGUGGCUGGGAAUCCAGAAAACCACUUCCAUUGCUUUGAACGAAUCAUUACCGACAUAAAACAAAACCUAUCCAGCAAGCGUGCCUCCGAAUACGUGGACAUCCUCCCAAACAAACCUGAAAUCAACCAUGUGCUAUUUGAUGCACAGCAGCAUGUGAUCAAGGGAAUUCAUCAAAGACUGCGGCAUACGAAUAUCUACAAGAACAAUGUCAGCUGGGGAUGGGAUGGAAUAAAUCCAAUUACCAACAGAUCUCAUGCCUACUACCUUGAUCGCCUUUGUCGGGAUUUCCAAAGAAAUGUUACUACACAUUUCAACAGAUCGACUUAUUUGCAGAAUUCGCCAGAGAAGACAAGGAAUCGUUAUCAUGUUUUCAGAAAUCAAAGAAACGAGGAGAUUUUAGAACAAGCAAAGCACUGCCAUACUCUUGUGAACUGCUUUAUGGAACGCGAGACAUUCUUGCAGGAGGUUGAAGAGUGCACUAAGGCUGCUAGAGGAUAUGUCACUGUGAUACAGGGAGAGCAGGGCAGUGGGAAGAGCUCCGUUAUGGCCAAAGUGGCCUCCAUGGCCAACCAGUGGAUAACCGGGGAUCUAAGGAUUGUCACUCGGUUUAUUGGCAUCACUGGAGAAAGUCGAGAUAUACGUUUGUUACUACAAAGCCUUUGCUACCAGAUUGCGGACAUAUACAACCUUUCGACACAUUUCUCAGAGGACUUAAAAGGACUAAUAAAUGAGUUUUCAUCGUUGCUGGAGUUUGCCACAGAUAGCAUGCCUCUGAUGUUGGUAUUGGAUGGGAUAGACGAGUUAUCAGAGAAUGAUGCUAAACUUUCCUGGUUACCUGUUAUAAUACCACAGCACAUCUAUUUCAUUGUCUCAGCUUCCACAGAGUCUGACUGGGCCUCAUUAAAAACCGUACAGAAACAUUCAUCACAUUUCAAAUUUCUUCAGAUACCAGCCCUCAGUAGCGUGGAAAUAAAUACAAUGAUUGGGUCAUGGUUGAGAAGGGACCAACGUAGACUCACCAGUCACCAAAUGAAUGUAUUGUUAGAAGCAUGUGUUACUUGCCCUUUACCACUUUUUGUGUUAUGUUCAUACACGGAGUCAUGUUUGUGGACUUCCUACACUUCUGACAAAGAUGCAUGCCUUCAGACUAAUCUUUCCAAAAUGUACUCAUGGAUCCUAGCAAGGCUUGAAAGGAACCACGGAGAACAGGUUGUUAAAAAAACAACCUCUUACAUCUCAUUUUCAAGAAAUGGUAUUACUCUAGGAGAACUAUUGGACCUUUUAUCUUUGGACCAGAUGGUUAUGAAUGAGAUUAAGCAGUAUCAGGGAGUUACUGUGUCUGUAUUUCCACAAGCUCUCUGGUUAAAGUUACAGAAUGACUUUGGGAUCCAUUUGGUGGAACAAAGGACAGACAACACUUAUGUUAUUAACUUUGCCCAUGAACUUUUCAGGACUGCUUGUAUAAACAAAUAUGUAAAGUCCAAGGAUUAUCAGCUUUCUAUCCACGCUUCUUUUGCUGAUUACUACCUAGAGAGUAAGAGCCAACACAGCUCUAAUAACCAUUUAGCACCGAUGAUGCCUCUGUCAUGGUUGGCAAAGUCAGAGAACAAGACUGACCAUGUGUUUAACCAUCGUAAAAUCUUAGGAAUAUCUCACCAUCUCAUUCAGUCUAACCAGAUCUCACGACUCGUAACAGAAUGCAUAUUUAAUUAUGAAUACCUCCUGCAUAAAGCAUGGGCUACCUCCGUGAUUAAUAUACAGGAUGACCUAAAGGCUGCUGUCAACCCUGAAAGGCCAAUACAGGAUUUGAAUCUGUUGUCCGAAGUUUUGCAACUGUCCUAUGACAUUUUACUCCAUGAUCCAUGUCAGUUGGCGUCACAGCUGAUGGGACGUUUGCAUCAGAUAGAAUCCUCAGAUAAGCCUGUGGCUCCAGGAGAUCCAAGGAAGUAUCCUUUUUUGCCAUCUUUAUUAUCUCAGUGUACACAGUCAUCGAUCCCUGUGUUUGUGCCGUCAUUCACCUGCCUUUUACCUCCUGGAGGACUUCUCUAUGAAACUAUAAAAGGGCACACUGACAGUAUUACAGCAGUUGCAGAAGCCCAAGAUGAUCUGCAGGUGAUAACAGCCUCUAAAGAAGGCACCUUAAAAGUGUGGGACCUAACCACUGGAAAAUGUGUUUUCACUCUUCAUGGAGUUGGAAGAAACAUUGACUCGAUCACUGUCUGCAUGCACAACAAACUGGUUGCCGUAACAAAAAAACACAGCCUCCAAGUAUGGGAUCUUCAUCAGGGAAAAAUGGUUUAUGGCGCCAGUGACUUUUUGGACGUUCCAAUUCUAACUUCAGCUUUGGAUGGUCAGCUACUUUUGGCCUUUUUUGAUGGAAGCCACUUAGUCAAGGUGUUUGACCUAGCAGACUCUUGCAAACUUGUCUGUCAAGUUGAUAUUCCUGCUGAUGAGAGGCCCAUUCACAAAAAUUAUUCUAUCCUGGUAUCCAGAAAUUCUGUGAAAGAUUACAUUCUAUUUGCUUACAGGAGCGGUAAAGAAGCUAUGGUGCUGAGUGCCAAAAGAGGGGCCGUUGUUGCAAAACUAACCACACAAAACCCAGUAGCAUCUAUUCAAGGAGUGGCCGUAACUAAGGAAUACUUCUUAGUCAUUUGCAGAUACCCAUCUCUGAAGAUGCAUGAUAUUGUACACAUAGAACUGUUCAGUGUGCACACGUUUGCUUACAUUCGUACAGUGAAAGGGUGUGGGCAUGAUUUCAUUACAAAGUUUGCUGUGAACCGACAAGGAUCUCAUGUCAUUGCCUUUUCCCAGUUACCCAACACCAACAUCACUGAAAUAUUGGUUUGGAAUUUGGAAACUGAAGACCACAAGCAUAUGGCAAAAUUCUCAUCAGUUCCUAAAGGAGGAUUAUGCUUUGACCUUCGAUACUGCCUGGCUUUCUGUGAGGGAGAGAACUUCUUGCGAUCGUGGAACCUGGCCAGCCGUAUAAAUGAUCAGUCUCUUACAGUGAAUAUUAAUAAAACAAAAAAGACUGAUGGAAUUCAAGAGGUUAUUACUAUGAAACAUUUCCCUAGGUAUGCAGUUUGUAGAAGUGUGAGGCCCGGAGUAAUUACAGUUUGGAAUAUUGUAAAGUCAAAAUGCAAAGGUAGUGCCGUACGAGUGGAGCGUGGAUUGGUGGAAAACACUGACGUGGUACUAGUGAGAGACAUGAAACUCUUUAUCCUUACGGACAGAGGCAUGGCAUCCUUCACAGACACCCCAAGACCAAUUUUUCAGACUCUACUUACAUAUGAUUUGCUGAAAAAGAAAUACAUCCGUAAACAGACAGGCCUGUACGUGAUACCGUGUCCAAAACAUGAAUAUAGGGUGCUUGAGGGGGGAUUGCUACUGGGGCUAUCUGAAAAUAGGGACCAUUUUGUUAUUUGGGAUUUGGAGACUGGCUUUAUAAAGCACCGCUUAAGGCCACAAUUUAAAGACAAACCUUCUUCUUUAGACCAUGAUGUUUAUAAGGAGAAUCUACAAAAACAAGUUUUAUUGCGAAGACAGAAAAGAAAGGACACAGUUCUUCUCACUCCAUGGGAAAGACGUAACGAGACCAAAACUGCAAAGCGGCGGCGUCAGGAGAUGGAGGUUCAGCAGGAAGUGGAGAAACUUUGGCAGCUGCUCAAUGAGAAGAACAAUGCUAUCGAUCAGUACUUGCUUAGUGACAAUGAAAAGGUGAUUGUGUGCUCAUAUUAUGCGCACCAUCUCUGUGUAUUUAGCCUGGAGACCAUGAGCCAUCUACAUACGUUGGAAGACAGAACGUCGAUGCUCUUCCUUCAUAGUGCAGCACUCACAUACAAUGGAAGUUUCCUCGUUCUCUCCAACUACUGUGACACUGAAAAGAUCAGUUAUGUGACCUUGUGGGACCUUCACAAUGGGCUGGUGAAGAAACGACUAAAGAACGAACCAAAUGUUUCUUGUAUGGCACUUACUGAUGAUGCAAGUCGAAUUGUUUUUGGUGUGUCCUUGGGAAACAUCCUUAAGGUCUGGGAUCCUUUCAGGCAUAAACACAAGAUCAUCCCUGGGUAUGACAACUUACAUCUUACCAUUGACAGCAAGCUUCACGUUAUAGAAGGAGGAUCGAAGGCAAUCUUGCUAGCAGGUGACGUUAGCUUGUGGGACCUGGAUAAUGGAACACUAGUGUCUGUCUUUUCCCCUGACAGCACAAUUUGCUGUUUGUCUUUAGCAACGGACAGAAAGACAAUACUUGUUGGUAUGAGUGAUACCCCUUCACUCAUCACUCUUAAGGUAGCAGCACAAGACCGAGAAAACACCUAUUCCGUGGGCGCUGACUUAUUUGGAGAGGAAUCAACCAGCAGUGAAGAUGAGCCUGAUGACAAGGAGCAACCUUUAAGCAUUUAAUUAGAACAUGACACUUAAGAUGGCUUUUUCAACAUUUACAUGUUGGAACAAGUAAGGAUCUAGCAAAAACUCGAUUUGCAUUUUCUGCGAACAUUAAUCCAAUCUGCCACAGCACGAUUUAUACCGUGAACUUUGUAGUAUCUUUAUGAAAAUGUAACUUAGUUUAGGUGAUCUACCCCACCACCUAAAACUUAUAUGUGUGAGUGCAGCGCUUAGAAA